UCAGCUCGAAGGUCUGUUAAUGGCGGUUUCUUCGUUCCCGGUUCUUUCAUCAUUGAGCGCCAGCGCUAACAUCUCGGAUGUUAGCUCGUUUUCGCUGAGUAGUCCACUCAUCAAUAUCUGUUCUAAAUCGAGCUCUCAUCCUUCGUCUUCUAUCAUCGUUUGUUCUUACAAAUCUGGCAACCAUACGGUGGCGGAGCGGAAGAAAAAGUUGUUGGAGCAAUAUGGACUUGAUCCUAACGAGUUUUUGUCUGAACCUUCCACUAAUCGAAGAAGAGAAAUACGAAAAACGGGAAAAGGCAAGCAAAUUUCACUCGAGGAUCCUAAACCUCAACGGCAGACUCAUAAGUUACUUCAGGUGCUUGGAGGAAGUGCUCGGAGAAUGAAGCUACUCUCACCAAAGGGGUUGGAUGUACGACCAAUGAUGGAAGUUGUGAAAGGUGCAGCUUUUGAUAUUUUGCAGGCUGCUGGCGGAUGUCCAGCAUCUUUAAGGCCUGGUCGUUGGUUAGACUUGUAUAGUGGUACCGGAUCAGUUGGUAUUGAAGCUAUGAGCCGUGGAUGCUCCGAGGUGCAUUUUGUUGAGAUGGAUCCAUGGGUUGUUUCUGAUGUUCUAAGGCCAAAUCUGGAAUCUACUGGGUUUGAUGAUGUCUCGGUCAUUCACACGAUCCGGGUUGAGAAUUUUAUAGAACGAGCUGACCAACUUAUUGGUACUGAAACACCAUUUGAUUACAUUAGUGUUACCCCACCGUACACACAAGUUGAUUAUGGGGUACUCAUGGGGCAACUAUCAAAGUCAGCCUUAGUUGGAGAAGAUACCUUCAUUGUGGUUGAAUAUCCAUUGAAGACUGACAUGCUGGAUUCUUGUGGAUGCCUUACUAAGAUUACUGACCGGAGGUUUGGUCGGACGCACUUGGCAAUUUAUGGUCCCAAGUGGGCUGAGAAGAAAAAGAAGGGAAAGAAUUAAAAUUAGUUGAUGAAGUUUCUAUAACUGCCAAAUGGUAUUAGCUGGUGGCAUUGUUCGGCAACAAUUCCUAACAGCCUAACCUGAAGAGGUCGGCAGGGAAACUUAAAGAGCUGCAUGCUUUUUUUCAUCAAAAAAACGUAAAAGAGCUGCGGGCUUUAAAGUAUUGACAUCGUUCAAUUUUGUUGGUAACUAGGAAUUGAAGUAUCCAGAUGCUGGUACUACUUUUCUCGACUCUAUUGGCAUCUUGGAAGUACAGGGUUCCCAACCAUUCCAGGUGAAGGUUGUGUGUGUAAUCUACAGUCACCCGUGCAUUGUCUAGCUCUAGAAUUUAUAUCCAAGCUUCAUGAUGGCAAGACUUGAAAGAUUACAAGGCAGAAAAUGUCAAUGUACCACCUUUUUCUUUCUUUUUUUUCUUUCUUUCUUGGGGUUUAAAUCGAUGUGUACCAUGUAUUAGUACUUGAGCAGUUGCUAAGUAGGUUUUUCCUCGGUGAGCAAAAAUACAACAGGUAGAAAAUUGUAUUGGAACUCAACUAUCUUUUAUCGACCCAACUAUCUUUUAUCGA